AUGGUUGCCGACUUGAGCCCGACAAUACCUUUUUCGGGCCCGUCGAAUACCAGCAGCUCGCUCCGGACGUCGUCCAACUCCAGAAAGCUGGAGCAAGGGGUUCGUGUCCGACGCCAGGCAGAGCUGAUGGGCAUCACUCCUGGAACGUCUCUGCUCGCACAACAAACAGGGCACCCCAGGUGGAUUUCGGAAGGCGAGGCCAGUGAUGGCGAAGGAGCGGAAGAAACCGAGGAAGUCGAGAUUGAAGUCGAAGUGGAAGAGGAGGUUGAUCCCUCAGAGGAGAGGCCAUCCCCGCCUGCAGAUGCUUCAACUUCAGGCCAGCCUUUCAUAGUGAGACGACGGGCAGAGAUUGCUUUGCGUGACCUGGCCUGCAAAGCCAUUUGUCGCAUCAAGAAGGGCCUCAGACAACCUGGAGCACAAUCAGAUGGUCGCCCUUUCAUUCCAGAGGAUUGGGAUGAGCUUUUCAAGCCACACCUGGGCUCCUACAUCCGCUUUCUUCUAUCACGGUCAGAUCAGUUCCGGGUCGUUCAAGGAAUCGGCCCAGGAAGAUACACGGUGGAGGAUGUAACUGGAGACAAGACUGUCGUCGCGCCGUCACCGGAAGAGCUGGCCAACAAGGGAACCAAAGGUGGCUUUGACAGGAAAGGCAAGAGCAAGUUUGCAGAUCCUGGGAAAAGCAGAAAAGGUAUUUACAAGGGCUGCGGAAAGACCCAGUUGGAGGAUGUGGGAAAGGGCAGCCAGAAAUCCAAAGGAGGAAGCACUGUUGCUGCGAAAAGCGCAGGCAAGAUGUCAGCCGGUCACGUCAACUCAGGGAGUGUGUCGAGUGGCAAGGGAAAGCGGCCAAAAGCCAGCACUCGAGGUGACGUCGAAACCAGAGGCAAAGCAAACACAGCUGGUAAAGGAUCCGGAAAGGCAGGAUCGCCGCCUUUUCAGGCAGCUGAGUCUUCACGGACCUUCAUGAAGGCGGAGCUUGACACAGUCGAGGUGGCCGUGGAUGUGGAGUUGGAAACCAAGGCAACAGAAGCCCUCGAAUUUGCCUUUCAGGACUCCCCGCCUGAAGCAGAGGACCUGGCAGUUCAGGUGGUAUCAGGUGAUGCGUUGUGGUGCGCAGUUUAUGGAGGCGCGCGCUGGCUUCCGCCGCUUGGCAGCGGAUGCCAGAAAGGGCGGACGCAGUUUUGGAGUGCACAGGCUGCCUCGUCUAAGGCUAGUGCUUUCACCUCCGACACCAGCUUAAAAGGAACUCACUUUGUUGAAGCUGUAGGAUCGGGUCUGCAGAAGUUUUUCCAGGGGCCCAAAGGCCCAGCAUCGAUCCGAGGGCUGACAAGACAGGAUAGCGUUUUGGAGUGUUUCCAAGGCGAAUGCUUCGCCGCAGGCAAAGCUUGUGCGAAUCAGCACAGUGCUGGGCUGUUGCCACCAACACGCCCACCGCUUUCUGCGGCGCUUCCGCCACCUCCGGAGGGAAUGGUCCGCAUCACCGUGGUCACGCCACGCAAGGGCCAUUACGACCUGCAGCUGAGUGAAGAUGCAGUCCCUGAAGACAUCCGCAGAGGUCUCGUUGAAGCGAAGACAUUUGCCAAACCAUAUCGCGAGCCCAUGCUUCCGAAGUCGCGGGACGACGUGGAAGUUAGGUUCGUGUACAGAGGCGUUCCACUCAGACCUACAGACACGCUGAGAAAGCGGAAUCUAGCUGGAGAGCAGCUUCUGGCGGUGCCCGGCAUCAAGGAGCCCCGGAACAGCCUUCGACUAGCUGCUCCUCGCGGACUUCUCAUGACGUCCUCUAGGGCCUGGAAGCCAUCGCAAGCCAGGCAGCCUCGAGAGGCAUUGCUCAUUGAGCCAGAGCUUGGCACAUAUUCUGCCAACCUUGUGCAUCCUGUUCUGAAGCCACAUCCGCGACUGCCCAUGCCUACCUGA